AUUUUAUCGGAUCCGUUGAAAAGGGAACGUUACGAUAAAUUUGGCACCUUCGAUGAACCACCGCCAAGCCAUGCGUAUACUCAUCAUCCAUUCGAAGAUAUCUUUGGUUUUGCGUUUGGUGGAUUUGAUACGGGCAAUUCGUUUUUCCAAAAACACCGUAUUUCGAUGCGAUUGUUCUUGCACAGCCUACUGGAGCGUAGUCACACCCAGCCUUUCAUCAUUUUUGCGUAUUCCGGCUAUUGCCAGCUUUGUUUUCGACUGGAACCUAUCUGGCGAAAUGUUGUAGAAGAUCUCGAACCGCUUGGCUAUGGUAUUGGUACAGUAAAUGCAAUGACUGAUGGAAAUUUGUUGGAAAAGCUACGUAUUUCACGAUUACCAUCCGUUGUGGUGGUUGUCGAAGGACGGGUGAUUCAUUAUCGAGGCACCAUGCAACCUCUUUCUGCGAAAGGAUUACGAAUAUUUGCACGUGAUGUUAUUCCAAAUACAUUCCUAAUCAAAAUUACAAAUCACGAUGGUUUACGGCGCUUUGUUGAUCAGUGGAAGACAUUCAACAGAAUUUCGGUCGUAAUUUUCGGCAGCAAAGAGGAUCCACGAAUUCGCUAUAUGCUUAUGGCAAUGAAAUAUGCGAAAUUUGCACGAUUUGCAUAUGUUUAUUUAAAUGAUCAAAGUACAGAUAUAGUGAAAAUGCGACAAGCUUUGAAUAUAGUUUGCUUUAACUGCGAAACAAUCCUUAUUUUUAACGAUUUUCCACAGAUUUCGGUCGUAAUUUUCGGCAGCAAAGAGGAUCCACGAAUUCGCUAUAUGCUUAUGGCAAUGAAAUAUGCGAAAUUUGCACGAUUUGCAUAUGUUUAUUUAAAUGAUCAAAGUACAGAUAUAGUGAAAAUGCGACAAGCUUUGAAUAUAGUUUGCUUUAACUGCGAAACAAUCCUUAUUUUUAACGAUUUCCCACAGAAUGGACCAGUAGCACGUGAUACCGUGACUAGUGCGAAGGAAUUUUCGAUGGAUAAGAUGGGAGGAUUGAUUGAAAAUAAUCGACAUCUUACUUUACCAAGGCUUACAAGCCAAGUGUAUUUCGAUGACCUUUGCCCAAUUUCAUCACGAAGUUUACGCAAACUCUGUGUUAUUUUGGCGGUUACCGAUUCAUCCAGUGAUUCAAAGCAUAUCGCUUUGUUCCGAAGCUUUGCUCACAAACACGCAGAAGCUUACAAAAAAGAUCGACUGCAAUUUGCAUAUAUUUAUGUGAACAAACAGAGGGAAUUCAUGAUGCCGUUCUUGGAAAACUUACCGCAAAAUGAACGCCUUGCACUUCAGGUUAGCUUUUCUACAGGACCAAUGUAA